AUGGCUCGAAUCCUUAUCACAGGCUCAUCGGACGGGCUAGGUUCUCUCACUGCCCGUGCCCUGGUCAAGAAAGGGCAUUCCGUCGUCUUACAUGCGAGGAACGACCAACGAGCUCAAGAUGCGAGGGCUGCCUGCCCGGGCGCCGAGACUUGUGUCGUCGCCGAUCUCUCCGAUAUUUCACAGACUAAAAACAUGGCCCAAGAUAUCAACAAGCUGGGCGCUUUUGACGCAGUAAUCCAUAAUGCGGGUCUUUAUACAGGUCCCUACCGAAGGACCAAGGAGGGUUGGCCGAGCAUCUUCGCAGUCAAUACUCUAAGCCCCUAUAUCCUCACCUGCCUCAUCGAACCUAGGCCGAAACGGCUCGUCUUCGUGUCAUCCGGCCUUCACAGCGGUGGCGACCCUACAUGCAAGGAUAUCACGUGGCACGAGCGUGGGGAGAAGGGCUUCAGAGAUUUCCAGGCAUACUCGGACACCAAGCUGCAUGAUAUCCUGCUAUCCUGCUUUUUCGCAAGGAAAUGGCCCAAUGUGAAGAGCAACUCAUUGGACCCGGGCUGGGUGCCGACCAAGAUGGGGGGUGCUGGGGCGUCAGGAGAUAUCAAUGCUGCUGUUGAUACCUAUGUGAUGCUCGCAGAAGGGACAGCCGAGGCUAAGGAUGUCUCUGGCAAGUACUGGUAUCACUGUAAGGUGAAAUCACCAAAGCGAGAAGCGAACGAUGAGGCUGUUCAGGAAAAUCUCAUCAGACAGUUGGAAGAGCUCACGGGAGUGAAAGCUCCCUGA